AUGGAUGAAUUCCAGGAUCAGUUUGCGGAAUUACAAAAAGAGAUAAAAGCUCUUCGUGGGAAAGAACUGUUUGGCAGAGAUGUAAAUGAUAUGUGUUUGGUUCCAGACGUAAGGAUGCCAGCAAAAUUUAAACUACCAGAAUUUGAAAAGUACAAAGGAAGUUCUUGUCCACAGACCCAUUUGGUUAUGUACGUGCGAAAGAUGUCAAUGUACACCAAUGACCAAAGGAUGCUCAUUCAUUGUUUUCAAGACAGCCUUACCGGUGCAGCUUUACGCUGGUAUAUGGGAUUAGACAGUUCUCAGAUCAAGACUUUCAACGAUUUAGGCGGGGCCUUUAUCAAACAUUACAAAUACAACCUUGAUAAUGUGCCAGACCGAGAUCAGUUGAGGUCCAUGCAACAGAGAGAAAAGGAGACAUUCCGUAAAUACGCGCAAAGGUGGCGCGAAAUUGCAGCACAGGUUGUUCCACCUAUGGAAGAAAAGGAGAUGACGAAAGUGUUCUUAAAGACUCUUGAUACUUUUUAUUACGAGAGGAUGAUUGCAAGCGCUCCUACAGACUUUACUGACAUGGUAAACAUGGGAGUCCGUUUAGAGGAAGCAGUUCGAGAAGGGCGUCUAGUCAGAGAAGGAAGUUCAUCUUCAAGCGGGGCAAAGAGGUACGGCGGUUUUAUGAAAAAGACGGAACAAGAAACUAAUGUUGUGUCCUAUAAUCAUCCAAGAAGAUCAAUUAUCCUUACCAUUCCCAACACCAACAUAUAG